UAUGUAUGUCGUUAUACGACUUGGAUACAAUACAAAAAGGUGGUAGAAUUACAGAGUAUGGUAAGCUUUAUCGUGUAGUUUCAAUUGUUGGAACGAUGUUCAAGUCACGUAAGUUAUAAUUUCAUAUAUGUUGUGAUAAGUUCAAGAACUGAAUGUACUGUAUGAGAUCUUGAAUAUCAUUAAGCAAUCAAGGACAACUUGUGAAAGGUUAUGUUAUACACUUGUUAAAGAAGAGUUUUUACCUAUUGCGCAUAAGCAGCAGUCUUAAUUCUUACCUUUAUUGACAUAGACUGAUGUCAUUAAUAAUUUUAUUGCCAUUGACUCUUAGUCUACUCUUCAUAAUAUUCAAAGAACAGUAAUAAUAAUAUUGGACUAUGAAUGCCAACUAUGGCAGCUAGAUGACUACAAUAACAUCAUAGUCAGGCACCAUAAUAAUUGCCCUGAAUCCUAAUCAUAUAAAAUCCAUUCAUCGGUAACAAGCGCAGAAAAUUCUGUAGUUGUGUUGGAAAUGCUUAUGAUAUUUUAUCAGCUAAGGUUUCUGAUUUAUUAUUGAGCUUCAUUAGAACACUGUCUAAAUCUAAUGGUUUUUACCAAUAUUACUGGAUUCUAUAAUUUAACUUCAAAAAGUAUUGCUUAUUAAUUAUCCCAUAAGUUACCAUUAUGAGAGUUCGGUGAUUUAAUAUUGAGUACCUAUUAUUGUCACUAAAAAUAUUUUAAGCACUGAAUGAAGGUAAUUAGUUGAGAACUACCUGUGUGGUGUGUGAAUAUUACUCCUUGGAUGUUAUUAUUGCAAUUAAUAAUAUAAUGAAAUCUUGAAUACCUAUUUAUGCAUUACCGGCAUUGCUGUCAUGGGUUAUUGAACAGCAUGUUUCUCUUUUCACAAAAUUGAGUGUUGUGUGAAGUGUGGCAUUAUUAAUUAUGCAGGCAUGUUGGUAAUAAAUGUAAUUUCAGGAAAAGUUGUUGCUUCAAUUGUAUGUUCACAGAAUAAACAUGUUAUCCUGAGGUUAUUAUUUACCAGAGAGAUGAACAAGAGGGAUGGGUGUCUGCCAAUCUGCACACCCAUAAUAGAAGCCUAGUUCCUGCAAAAUUAUUGCACAAAUAUGUGUAAUAUUGUUGUGUGUAAAUGGAGGUACAUAAAAUAUAGUAAGCGGGACAAAAUUGAACAUGGUAAGGUCAAAUUAUAUCAUAUGAGGUUUCACUUUUAUGUGAUUGAUAUCCACAUAAUAUGUAACUUGAAGUAAUAAAUAGUAGUUCAUGGUUAAAAUAAUGUCAAUUUAUUACUGAUCAAAUAUAAAACUCACAUACAAAUGAUUAUAUGAGCCUCUUGGACUUCCCAAGAGAUAUUAGUGGACAUGGACACUGAAUAACUAAAAUAGAGCUAAUGUGUCAAUGUUUUAGAAAUAAAAUAGAACAGGCUAGCAUGACCACCAAGGGCCUGUGAUGUACAAGUAGAAGGAUUGAGGUGAUAUGUAUUGUUAACAAGAUCAUGUCACUCAUGUCAUUGAUUUAUUAUACUGUUUUGCUAGAAUGUGGCAUACGGAUAUAAAAGAGUGUGUGAGUUGACUUAUCCUCACUUUUGUCAUCUUUGAGUCAGGUACCAACUGUUAAUGUUGACAGUGCUAUAUCAGGCAGUAAUAUGAAUGAAUAAAAUAGACAGGGAACAUGAUUAUGUUAUGAUUUUUGCAGAACAUCUAAACCUUAAUUGUUGGUCAUAUGAUGUUGUGAUGGAAAAUUAAUAUUUCCUUUUAGUGUGAGAGCAAAGUCUUGAUUAGUGAUGAAAAUUAUUGGGUUAUCUAUAAUCACAUUGCCCCAGGGUAGAUGAUACAUCUAAGUUCAGCUUCAAGCGUUCAUGAGAGAAUCAAGUUAAUGAGUGAAGGAAAAUAAUGUUACUUAUUUAAUUUUGACAAAUUAUAUUUGUAUCUAAUUUAUGUGAAAUGUUAUAUGUUGUUAGAAUUCAAAAUAGCUUCACAUUGCUCCAGCUGCAUGAUGGGAGUUGUCACCAAACUGUAUGGUGCAAGGAAUUAUUGGCAGUGAAGUAAAUAUUUGAUGAGAAGCAACUGAAGGUAAAAUGUUAAUGGUUGCCAAGUUUGAUGAUACAGCAUCAAAGACUGACACAAGUUGAGAAUUUUUAACUAAAGUUCUUUGUUUGAAUAAUUUGAAGUAUAAAAUUGUCAAUGUCAUGGGACAAGUGCAACGAAUGUACUACUAACUGGUAAAAAGAUAAAUACACAAUAAAAUAUUGAUGUAUCAAUUUGCAUAGAACAAUUACAUGUCUUGAAAUGGAAGUGAUUUUAAUAGAACAAUUGAUAUCUUGGUAUAGCUAAACCAUGUUGGAAUACCUAGAGUCAACACUGUGAGCAUGUACAUGUUUAAAAAAAAGAUAUCAAUAUUCUUGAUAGAGUAUCUGAAUUGGAGUACCUAUCUCAUGGUCGUUCAUCGGGUUGCAUAGGUAUCAAUCUGUUCGAAGCUGUCAUCAUUAUUACCCCUAUAAAAUGCUUCAUAGAUGAGCACAGGUCUCUCUCCUCGAAAUUCAUAUAUAUAAUUAAUUCUAAAGAGACAGAUAAAUUACAUUUAUAAAAAAAAAUAGUAAGGGUUGAACCUUACCUAAAUUCGUGCGACUAAUCUAAACAUUUUUAUUUAUUUUUAUUUUAUUUAUUAUUUACAUAGAAUGUUAUGGCGAACACAGAUAUUGCCUAAGAAUUGUGGUUACAGAAUAUACUGGCAGGAGUCUGCUCGCCUAUGCGGCGAUGCGAGUCUGCACGCCUGAGCGGCGGUGCCAGUCUGCUCGCCUAUGCGGCGGUGCGAGUCUGCACGCCUGAGCGGCGGUGCCAGUCUGCUCGCCUAUGCGGCGGUGCGAGUCUGCACGCCUGCGAGGCGGUGCAAGUCUGCUCGCCUAUGCGGCGGUGCGAGUCUGCACGCCUGCGAGGCGGUGCAAGUCUGCUCGCCUAUGCGGCGGUGCGAGUCUGCACGCCUGAGCGGCGGUGCCAGUCUGCUCGCCUAUGCGGCGGUGCGAGUCUGCACGCCUGCGAGGCGGUGCAAGUCUGCUCGCCUAUGCGGCGGUGCGAGUCUGCACGCCUGCGAGGCGGUGCAAGUCUGCUCGCCUAUGCGGCGGUGCGAGUCUGCACGCCUGCGAGGCGGUGCAAGUCUGCUCGCCUAUGCGGCGGUGCGAGUCUGCACGCCUGCGAGGCGGUGCAAGUCUGCUCGCCUAUGCGGCGGUGCGAGUCUGCACGCCUGCGAGGCGGUGCAAGUCUGCUCGCCUAUGCGGCGGUGCGAGUCUGCUCGCCUACGAGGCGGUGCCAGUCUGCUCGCCUAUGCGGCGGUGCGAGUCUGCACGCCUGCGAGGCGGUGCAAGUCUGCUCGCCUAUGCGGCGGUGUGAGUCUGCACGCCUGCGAGGCGGUGCAAGUCUGCUCGCCUAUGCGGCGGUGCGAGUCUGCUCGCCUACGAGGCGGUGUGAGUCUGCUCGCCUACGAGGCGGUGUGAAUCUGCACGCCUGCGAGGCGGUGCAAGUCUGCUCGCCUACGAGGCGGUGCAAGUCUGCUCGCCUACGAGGCGGUGUGAGUCUGCUCGCCUGCGAGGCAGUAAGCUAUCGGAUAUGCUGAGCUCCAAUCGGCUGCGACACAAGUCUGAUGGAACGACUUGGAAGGCGCAGAAGGUGCAGGAGUUCUGUGGUGCUGCUGCUGGUCUUCGUGGGCGAAGAAUUCUCAUCAGGGAGGCCGAGCUAAUAACCGAUU